UAAAUGUAAAUGAGGUACUAGCUUUUGACAGAUUUGCACCAUGCAUGAAUAUAAGCUAGUCGUUCUUGGCUCAGGAGGUAUUGGAAAAUCUGCUCUGACUGUACAGUUUGUUCAAGGAAUUUUUGUUGAAAAAUAUGAUCCUACGAUAGAAGAUUCUUACAGAAAGCAAGUUGAAGUUGAUACACAACAGUGUAUGCUUGAAAUCUUGGAUACUGCAGGAACAGAACAAUUUACAGCAAUGAGGGAUUUGUACAUGAAAAAUGGACAAGGCUUUGCAUUAGUUUAUUCCAUCACAGCACAAUCCACAUUUAAUGAUUUACAAGAUCUGAGAGAACAGAUUCUUCGAGUGAAAGACACUGAUGAUGUUCCAAUGAUUCUGGUUGGUAAUAAGUGUGACUUGGAAGAUGAAAGAGUUGUAGGAAAGGAACAAGGUCAAAAUCUAGCAAGACAAUGGAACAACUGUGUAUUCUUAGAAUCCUCUGCAAAAUCAAAAAUAAAUGUUAAUGAGAUCUUUUAUGACCUAGUGUGGCAAAUUAACAGAAAAACUCCAGGGCCUGGGAAGGCCCACAAAAAGUCAUUGUGUCAGCUGCUUUAAUAUACUAAAUGCAUUGUAGCUCUGAGCCAGGUCUGAAGAACUGUUGCCCAAUUCAACAGAGCCAGCAUUCCAACUUUGUUAAACCUACCAACAUCUUAAAUGGACUUUCUGUGGUGGUACCCUUUAAGAGGCGGAUGAAAGCUACUACAUCAGUUUGCACAUUCUAAUCACUUUCCAGUAUCACAAGAGAGAUUUUUACUUAUAUAAUAGCCCUAAUGUGCAUCUGGUAAAACCAGAAGCUACAAUCCAGUAUUACUGCUAAGAGACAUUUUCAUCCACCAAAGUUGUACAUGUAUGAAAAUGGUGUACUGUAUACUAUAACACGCCCCAUACUUUGUUUUGGAGAGUUCAAUAAUGUAAAUCCUAAAAGCACCACUAUUUUAGCAUAAUAAAAGAAAAAACAAAG